UAGCUUUCUCAGGAUGCUGGAGGCAGGGCUUGGGACAUCCCUGAGGGGGGCGUGGACUUAGAAUGUUCUCUGAGAGUAUGGGGUUUGAACUUUGAGUGUAGGGUUGGGGAUGUUUCUGAAGCUUACCAGGCAGAGCUAGAAUGUUUACUGGAUGUCAGCGACACUAGAAUGGGCACAGGAAGGAACCCUCAGUGCUGUAUCCAGAUUCUGCAGGGGAGAUUUGCUGGGACCCUGGCCCUGCCCAGCCAUCGAAAUGGCAGCCACACUGGAUUUGAAAUCAAAGGAGGAGAAGGAUGCUGAGUUGGACAAGAGGAUCGAGGCUCUUCGGAGGAAGAAUGAGGCCCUCAUCCGGCGCUACCAGGAGAUUGAAGAGGACCGCAAGAAAGCUGAACUCGAGGGGGUGGCAGUGACAGCUCCCCGGAAGGGCCGCUUGGUGGAGAAGGAGAACAUGGCCGUUGAGGUGGAGAAGAACCUCGGUCCUUCCCGGAGGUCUCCUGGGAGCUCUCGGCCCCCAGGGGCCAGCAAGGGGGGCCGGACUGCUCCACAACAGGGAGGCCGGGCAGGCAUGGGCCGAACGUCCCGCAGCUGGGAGGACAGUCCCGGGGAGCAACCUCGAGGAGGAGCUGGGGGCCGUGGCCGGAGGGGCCGUGGCCGGGGGUCCCCUCAUCUCUCUGGAGUUGGAGAUGGCUCGACCUCUGACCGCAAAUCCAAGGAGUGGGAGGAGCGGCGCAGGCAGAACAUCGAGAAGAUGAACGAGGAGAUGGAGAAGAUCGCAGAGUACGAGCGCAACCAGCGGGAAGGGGUGCUCGAGCCAAACCCGGUGAGGAACUUCCUGGAUGACCCCCGGCGACGCAGCGGGCCCCUGGAGGAGCCCGAGCGGGACCGCCGGGAGGGCAGCCGCCGGCAUGGGCGCAACUGGGGGGGCCCCGACUUCGAGCGGGUACGCUGCGGCCUUGAGCACGAGCGGCAGGGCCGCCGGGCCGGCCUGAGCGGUGCUGGAGACAUGACGCUGUCCAUGACGGGCCGGGAGCGCUCAGAGUACCUGCGCUGGAAGCAGGAGCGGGAGAAGAUCGACCAGGAGCGGCUGCAGAGACACCGUAAGCCCACCGGCCAGUGGCGGCGCGAGUGGGACGCUGAGAAGACGGACGGGAUGUUCAAGGAUGGCCCAGCCCCUGCCCACGAGCCGUCCCACCGCUACGAUGACCAGGCCUGGGCCCGGCCCCCCAAGCCCGCGACCUUUGGGGAGUUCCUGUCCCAGCACAAAGCUGAGGUCAGCAGUCGCAGGAGGAGAAAGAGCAGCCGGCCCCAGGCCAAGGCAGCCCCCCGUGCCUACAGUGACCAUGAUGACCGCUGGGAGAUGAAAGAGGAGGCAGUGUCCCCAGCCCCGGAGGCCCUGCAGCCCACCUCCCCCACGGAGACACCCACGCAGCCACCCGAGACCCCUGCCCCUGCCCACCGGCCUCCUGAGGAUGAGGGAGAGGAGAACGAGGGGGAGGAGGAUGAAGAGUGGGAGGACAUGAGUGAGGAUGUGAGUGAGGACGAGAAUGAGGAGGAUGUCGAGGAGGAAGUCGACGGUGACGAGCAGGAAGAACCAGCCCAAGACCACCACCCCCAAGAGGCUGACCCUGCCGGGAACCCCACCAGUGAGCCGGCUGACAGAGUGUCCUCCAGCCCCGAGGAGCCCCUGCCACUUCCCCAGGCCCCUGCCACACCUUCCAGCCCCUUCUCACCACCUGGCAGCCACCAGCCUGUGUCCGACUGGGGUGAAGAGAUGGAGCUGAAUUCUCCCCGGACCGCCCACGCGGCUGGCGCCCUCUCUUCGGGAGGUGACCAGCCAGCCCCUGCCUCCCUGGAGAGUGGGCCCAGCCUCCCAGGAACUCAGAAAGCUGAAGAAGAGGGGUCUGAGGCAACUCCAGAGGCAGGCCCCGAGGGCCAGGAGACAGCGGAGAUCACCGACUUCCAGAGGGCCUCCCCGAAUUCCUGAAGACGCUGCUGGGAGGGGACUGAAGCUUCCCCGCCUUGAUGGGGAGGGGGCGUAAGGAGGGGUUUAUCUGGAUUUCCAGCCUGUGUUCUCCUCCCCAGUCUGCACCCCACGUCUCUAGGGAGAGGGAGAAAUUGAGGGGAGUGGGGAAGGGGCGCGAUUGGGGCGAGGGGCGGAGCUGGAACCUCUGGAAGCGGGGUUAGACCUCAGGACACCGGAGAGGGCGGCCGACUGCGUGGAAGAGUAGGCAGCUGGUGCCAGGAGAGGCGGGGUUAGGGUGCAUGGGCGGGGCCAGGAUUCUGGUAGGCGGAGUUAGAAGACGGGGCGGGGGUAGCAUGUGGGGGUGGGGCUAGGCCUCUGGGAGCCGGUUUGCAUAGGGGCUUGACGCUGAUGAGGGGGGCCGCCAGUGGGGGCGUGGCCAGAAUGCUGUGCGGAGCCUGUGGAGUGAGGAGAAAAGGGGGGCUUGGACUGCAAUGUGUUGAGGCCAGAGGGGGAAGAGGGCGGGUUCGAAUCCUGGAGUAGACAGUCCGGGUCAUGGGGCGAAAACAGGGUUGAGGCUGGGGGCCGCGGCUACAGCGCUGGGCGAAGCUUGAGCGUGGAAAGGGGGCGGGCUUGGAGACGGGGCGGACCUAUGCCGCGGGGGAGGCCCGCCCUCUCGGGGGCGUGGCCAUGCCUGGCGGGGGCGGAGUCGGGGAGGGCGGUUUAGGCAGUGAGGCGGUCCUGGGGGG